AUGCGCUUCUUCGAAGUCUCCGCUACGGCCUUUGCCGCCACCGCCAUGCUUUCUGGCGCAUUCGCUGCCGUCGCGCCACCAACAUAUGAGGCUUCUUCCGCUGCACCACCACCAGCUUACGAGGCUUCAUCUGCUGCCCCUCCAGUCUACACCAGCGCAACGACCACCUACUACACCACCCGCACCGUCAUGCGCGUUGUGGAGACGAUGACUGCUACCCGCAAUGGAACCACCUCCGUUUACGCCACCACUGAGAGCUCCACUUCUACCGCAACCGAGAUCGCAACCACCAGCGCCAGUGCUAGCUCGACCCUCUACCCCAUGAACAACGGCACGACAACCUCUGCUCUGGCCACCGGAGCACUCCCAACCCCCAGCAACGUCUACGAGGGUUCCGCUUCGCAGCUCUCGGUCGGUCUCGUAGCUCUCAUCGGCCUCGCCGGUCUUCUUCUCUAA